UCGAACUUCUUAUCUUCAAGUUCAACCCCAAUUCUCAAUUCCACAGCGGCCAUUGGCUCUUCUCAAAUUCACCACAAAAAAAAUGCAGAUUCCGUUGCCGGCGCGAGCUCCGACGCUUCUGUCACGGCGGAGGCUCUUCGAGCAGAAGCUCUCCGACCUCCACAAAUGCACCGACCUCAGCCAGCUCAAACAGCUCCACGCGCUCAUUUACAAAUCCAAUCUCCACGACGACCUUUUCGUCGCGCCCAAACUCAUCACCGCCUUCUCCCUCUGCCGCCAAAUGGCUUUAGCGCUCACCGUUUUCGAGCAAGUUCCCGCCCCAAACGCCCAUCUCUGCAACACCUUGAUUAAGGCCUAUAUUCGGAAUUCCCAGCCGGAAAAGGCGUUUGAGCUUUUCUACACAAUGCAGACUUCAGGAAUCGUUCCGGAUAAUUACACUUAUCUCUUCCUUCUCAAGGCUCACUCUGGGCUGAGAUUUGUUAAAGUUAUCCACGCGUAUGUGGAAAAAUGCAAUCUUUACUCGGAUUUAUUCAUGCCUAAUUCGUUGAUUGAUGCUUACUCUAAGUACGGAUUGAUUGGGGUUGAGGCAGCGAGGUCUCUGUUUGAUGUGAUGGAGGAGCGCGAUAUGGUUACAUACAAUUCGAUGAUAAGUGGGCUGGUGAAGACGGGCCAGUUGAAGGGGGCGCAGCAACUAUUCGAUGAAAUGCCUCAGAGAGACAAAGUGAGCUGGAAUGCUAUUCUUGAUGGGUAUGUCAAGGCUGGGGAAAUGAGCAAUGCGUUUAAGGUUUUUGAGAAGAUGCCGUCGAGGGAUGUCGUGUCGUGGUCUAACGUGAUCUCUGGAUAUGCUAGAAUGGGCGACAUUGAGAUGGCUAAGGUUCUGUUUGACAAAAUGCCGGAAAAGAAUUUGGUUACUUGGACUAUUAUGAUAUCUGGAUAUGCAGAGAAGGGGCUUGUGAAGGAAGCUCUCGUGCUUUAUGAUCAGCUCGAGAGGGAGAACAUGGAGCCAGACGAUGCUACAUUCGUUAGUAUUUUAUGCGCGAGUGCUCAAUCCGGGAUGCUGACUUUAGGGAAGAAAGUCCACAGCACCAUCAUCAAAAGCCACUACAGAUGCUGCACGCUCAUAAGCAACGCUCUGAUCGACAUGUAUUGCAAGUGUGGGAGCUUGAACAGGGCAUGGCGAUGCUUCAACGAGAUGGAGAGCAAAGAUCUAGUGUCGUGGAACACCAUGAUCCACGGCUUGGCCAUGCACGGCCAUGGCAAGAAGGCGCUUCAUCUCUUCGAUAGGAUGAAGCUAGAGCAGUUUGUACCGGACAACGUGACAUUCGUUGGCGUCCUAUCUGCUUGCAACCACGCGGGCAUGGUUGAGGACGGGAUCCGUUACUUCUACAGCAUGGAGAGCAGCUACAACAUUGUCCCUCAGAUCGAGCAUUAUGGUUGCAUGAUCGACCUUCUGGGUCGUGGCGGCCGCCUCAACGAGGCACUAAGGCUUCUUAACUGCAUGCCGUUUGAGCCAAAUGUUGUUAUCUGGUGCUCCCUUUUAGGGGCUUGCCGAAUGCAUAAUGCCCUGCAGUUAGCAGAGGAGGUGCUUGAUGAGUUGGUGAAGUUGGAUCCGGCUAACGCAGGGAGGUACUCUGUGCUGUCGAAUGUGUAUGCUGCUGGUGGGGAUUGGAAGGGUGCCGCGGAUGCAAGGCUGCGAAUGUGGAAGACAGCCAGCAAGACACCCCCCGGGGCUAGCUCGAUAGAGUUGGAUGGGGAGUUUCAUGAUUUCAGUGUUAUGGAUACUAGUCAUCCUAAAUCAGAUAAAAUUUACCAGACUGUGAAUGGGCUAACUCAACAUCUUAGAAAAGUUGCUCUUGCUCCAACUUAGAAAUUUGGUUGCGUAUAUAUAUAUAUAUAUAUAUAUAUAUAUAUAUAUAUAUAUAUACAUAUGCUUAUGCCAUUGAGGUUACUUCCUUUGAUGAUAAAGAUUCACACGUAUACUAUUUUCUGAAAUGUGUAAUUUUGAGGUUUGGCACAUGGCAUGUAUACAUUUGUAGUGCUGUAGAUGAAAAAGGGCAAAGGGGCAUCAAUGUUUGCUGUAUUUAUGAAAUACUAUGAGAUACUCUUUUAUAGUACUUCUUUGGUUACUGCCAUUAUGUUUCAUUUUGAGAAGGAAAAUGGUUGCCAAUUGUCUUUAGUUGUUGUAAAAAUGGCAACAAGCAGAGGCCUCUGUUUUUGUAUAUCCAAUUACAACACCAUUGCUGCUUCAAUAUUCAUCUUCUGCUAUAAGCGAUGUUUAGAAGCCAAUAUUCAUCUCAUGGCGUUGUAUGGAUGAAAUGAAAUUCUGUUUGCAUUUGGCAUGAUGUUUUUCUGUAUUAGUAGAAACUGAUAUCUAUACAGAUAGACGAAUACGGUUGUAAAUUGUUUUGAAAUGAACAGGGGCAGCCCUUGGAGAAGGAAGUGGUGCAACCAUGUCAGAUGAUGAGGAUGAACUCCAAAUGGAUUUCUCUUUGGACCAAUUGGGAGGCAAAGGCCCUGACCUCCUCGCUGCUUCCCACAGAGCCGGAGCGAACUUUAAGGCAAGAACUCAAAAUAGAGGUAAAAGCUUAAAACAGCCAUGGACCUUGUUUCUCCAAUCAGAGGCAGGAUUUCCACAUUCAAAAAGUGCAGCAGCACCUUUGAAACUAGAAAGUCUAAUGCUCCAUUUUCUGUAGCAAGUUGCAUGCCGGGCCCAGCCCAAUACGAAGAAGGCCCGUCUGUCAGAACAGACUGGCGGGCCUUCUGUGCCAGGCUGGUGGCCCGGGAGAGAGGGUGCCUGCUGAUCGCCACGGCAUCUACGAGCCGGAGAGAGGGUGCCUGCUGAUCGCCACGGAGAAGCUGGACGGCGCCCACAUCUUCGAGCGGACGGUGAUCAUGCUGCUGUCGACGGGCCCGACGACGGGGCUGAUACUGAACCGGCCGUCGCUGAUGUCGAUCAAGGAGAUGCAGCCGUUGGUUCCGGGCCCGAUGUUCUUCGGGGGCCCGGUGGAGGAGGAUGUGUUCCUGGUGAGCCCGCGGGGGGAGGGGGUGCUGGAGAAGGUGGUGGAGGGGGUGUACUACGAGACUAAGGGGAGCGUGGGGUGCGCGGCGGAGAUGGUAAGAGGAAGGUGGUGGAGGCGGAGGAGCUCAGGUUCUUCCAUGGCUACUGCGCUUGGGAGAGGGAGCAGCUCAGCGAUGAGAUUCGGGCCGGGUAUUGGACUGUCGCCGCUUGUAGUCCUAGUGUUAUUCAGCAGGCUACUGUCGGGCCGGGCUUUGGGAGGAGAUUUCGGGCCUUAUGGGCCCGACGAGAGUUUGGUGAGUAAUGUACAUGUAUACUUGCAUCGGUGAAGGUCAUUGUUGUAUAUAGCUUAUUAAUUACUUAUAUACUUUCAUUUACACAAAAAUUGAUUACUAAUUUAUAGAUA